AUGCCCUAUCCACGCCCUGUCUCCCCGGUCUCCCUCGAAACAUGCGUGUCUUUACCCUCCGAGAUAGAUUCCGAUGACUUGCUCGCCUCAGAUGACGAGUUGGAUGAUGCCACCCGAGCUGCAAAGCGUCAGCGGGUCGAGAAGUUGGCGGAGACCUAUCUGCAGGGCAAACCGCUGUUGAUUCUCUCUGCGUCGCUGCGAGGCCCGUUCGAUGAGGGAUGGGUGAAUCCGUGGAAAAAGAACAGGGCACGCCGGGCUGGCGCACCAGCGAGAGUUUUGUUGAAUCGCCAAACAACUGUCCCUGAGCGGGUGGUCCAGGAGACUGACUUGCGGGUCCCGAAGUACCGAGAGGGUCUAUCGGUUGAUAAUCGUCACCGGGAGAUUCCUGCAACAUCGUUCAACUCCCCUAGGACCUCGGUACAAACUGGAGACCGCUCUCCGCCCUCUCAAUUACCGCGGAGGCAAUCCAAGGAACCCACCUCGCGCCCCGGACAUGAUGUGCAAAAUGGAGCAUCGCGACGGUCUCCCACAAAAUCAAAGGAGCCGCCAUCGUCGACAGUGGAUCAUCGGCCAAUCAUGCCGCCUAGGACGGCGGACUGGCUGAAGAAAGAUCGGAAGCUCAUGAACUUCACCAAAUUCGAACCGCCGAGCUCGCCAACAAUAUCUGUUGCUUCUCGUCUGUCAGAUAAAGCUCGUCGGCUGAUGCCUCGCACUGUUCAAGUCCAGGUCCCACAGACGCCGGGAUCACCAAUCAGAUACCCUCCUAUUGAAACUGUCCUUGCGAAGACAGCUCAGAGUGCUCGUGCAAAAUCGGACGGGCACGUAUCCCCAAGCUCGACUUCAAUCGCCUCAGAUCAAACAAAAGUCCCAGCCGUUCCAAAAGUAUCACCAUUUCAACAAUACAAACAAUCUCAUUUGCUACAGGAAGCAUCUCUCCAAAUCGUUAAUUCUUCCUCUCAACUUCCUAGGUUUGAAUAUCGGAGGUGGCUCCGUGAACAUUCCAGUCAAGAGCAGAGGACUUCUCCUAUGCAGGAUGAGAGUAUUCUACAGGAAGAGACAUUUUUGCAGGAGGACAGCCCCCUGAAAGAAAGACCCAUAACUGAUCCCGCACCCGCCAGUCCUAGUCCCGCUACGGAUCAAGCAUCCGAACCUUCUAAAGCUGAACCUUCGGCCCCUGAAGAAAUAGUAGUUCAAAAUGAGGACUACAUAACGAGAGAUGCAAGCCACAAGAAUUUGUCGAAAGAGACUAGGUUCGCAGACGAGGAAGAUGUCAUAGAGGACAAUCUUGUGGUGGAAGAGGUCACAGUGGUAGAUGUUGGAAACGAGGAAGAUGCAUCGACAUUCCCAAACACUGAUAUCUCUGCACCAACCGAACAGAACACCUACGACGAUCUCCCUUCUGCCCAGCCAGUGCCAGCACCUUUGGGAGUUUCAGAUCGGGUAACAUCAUUACACUCGACGGCUUUACCAAGAGGAGAUUCUGGACAGUAUGCACAGCCAAGCCCUGAUACCCAGCUUUCGACCCAGGCUGCCCUUUUGCAUGCCCAGAAGUCUUUUCAAGAUGACAUAGACAGUCCGGAAUAUUACAAUCAACAUACACCGAAUCCGGACCGGGCAGUACAUUCACCCAAUGCUUCUCUCCACUCAGCAAAUGUCACCCCAUUCUACCGCCUAGAAGAGUCGAUUCGACGUGAUCUAGAGCGGAGUUCGGAAUCUAUGAAUAAGGACAAAAUGCAAGCAGUGAGCACGCAAUUUAUGCUUGAUGCAGCUACACCUUUCAAUUUCAGCAGUGAGCAAGCUGGUCAAGACCGGAGCUUGAAACCUACGAACAGAAACAUGACGCAAGCCUUGAAUACGCAGUUCAUGCUCGAUGCAGCUACGCCCUAUGUUUUCAGCACAGAGAAGCGACAGCGCGCAUCUCGGCCAGACUCAGGUUCUCCUACAACCAGAAGCUUCAAGAGAAAAAGGACGCCCGAAAGACCAUCCCCUUCCACUAGGAGUCAAUCAACAUCCCCUGACAAUGAAUAUCACACUGCAGAAUCCCAAUCAGGUGAAGACGAAGAAAGCUCACGAUCAUUGGCCCAACAGUUGGAUCAUCGAUCCAUUUACCAGUCUCCCACAGAGGUCGCGUCCUUGCCCCUCACCCUCAAUAACGCGACGCCAACGACAGGCCAGGAUGGACAGGGUGGAAUGGAAAGUUUCAACCUUAGUCAAGCAAUCGCAGAUGCUGGUAGUUGGCUUCAACAAAGUUUUGAUUUCAUCAAGGACAGCGGUCGCUCGAGUCAAAAUCUCAAGGCGAUUCCUACCUCUGAUGCGCGCCCAUCUCCUUUGCACAUGGAUCUAUCUCAAUGA